CUUUGAUUGAAAAGUACUCCGGUUCUGUACCCGCCAAAUGCUGCCGACCAAAACGUCUGGUCGCCGCGGUACCAUGGCGGGAACCAUUUAGUACCACAUUAACGCUCAUUCAGAUCGGAAUACGAAGAACCAUAUAACUGACAGCAGGUGUAUAUUAUAGUACCGUAGUACACAGUCAUUCGUGUUUUAUUGAUAAUAAUUGUGAAGAAUGUAACAUUUUUCUGUCUAAAAUAUAUUAUAUAGACGAGUAAAUUAUGAGGUACCAUUGGAUAGUGCCUUUGGUGGUACUCGCGAGUGUCGCGGUCGAUGCGAGCGGAGUGUCGUCGCGCUUGCCUCGUACGAGUGCCGCUCAGCUCGCUGCGAGCGCGAGUGCUCAGAAUAAGACCGUGCAACAGUUGAGGAGUACUGCGCCAGUCGGUACUAAUAAUCGGAGCGCUGGAAGAGGCAAGAACAGAGGGUCAAUCAAAUCUUUGCCUAUUGAGCAGCCAACCAACGAAACAAGAGAGCAACAGCUGUUCGGAGUGUUCGAAUCGAUAAUAUCAACCCUGGAAACAAAACUGCAACGAAUUGAGAAUUUGGAUAAAGCAGUUGAGCAUUUGAUGAGGCGAGUCGAAGCUUUAGACUCCCGGGUAAACAAUAACAUCGACAAAACGGAUUCAGUUAUUUCCAAGCUGAGAAAUUUGGAUUCGAAGUUGUUUCAAACAGCCAACAAACCACCAUUUGAAGCAGUUGACAAUAAAGAUGCUAAAGCUCUAAACACAAAACUCCUAUCCCUAGAUCAAAAAGUAAGCGACAUUGAUUCAAAGCUGAACAUUUUAAAAAACCAGCUGGAUAGCAAUUAUUUACAAAACGAAGACAUUAACGUUGAAGCUAGCGAAAAACGUCCAGUUAGUAUGAAUGUUUUGGAAAUAACCAAAGCCCUAAACACAGAAGUCCUCAACCAUAUCACCAAAGAACUAGGCCUGCUGAGAGAAACAACCAACUCCCUAGACAAAAAACUUCAUUACACAACUGAAACAUUAGGCAAAGCCCUUGCCUUAGUCUCAGACAUUCACCAUGCAAUCGUAGAAGACCAUCAAUCCACCAAACAAACAACAACUACAACUCAAAAACCAACAACAAGAUCCAGCAAAAUCGACAACCUUGUCCAGCAAAUGAAACCAAUGAUAUCAGUGUCUGAAAAAAUGGAUGAAGUUUGGAACGUUGUUGUAGGCACCAAAAGCUCCGUGGACGACUUAGUACCAAAGUCCGAUGAACUUUUAACUCAAACCCAACGACAGGAGCGUGCCAUUGGUGAAAUCCACAACGACUUACGCUCGAAGACUAACAAAAUCAUUGCCAACUUGGACAAAGUCGAAAAAAGGCUGAAAAAACAAGAGGACGAUGUGGCAACUUUGGCUCAAAGACCCGUACCUGCCGAUAUACUUUUAGCUGAACCGGAUAAUAUAGAUUACGAUUCUACAAGGUUUGAAGAUGAAGAUUUUGCAGACACUACAGCUUCUUAUAGUACGGUGCAACCGCCAAGUUUUAAUGAGACUAGUAAUGUUACAACAACAACGGAAAAAAGGCCUGAGAAAAGGAAAGGUGGAGUGAUUUUUCCCAGUGUCAAGAACAAGCCGUUGUUGAAUAAUUCCACGUUUGUGACAUCGGAUGUGGUGCAAAAUGUUCGAGAUAUUAAGGGAUAUUCGUGUGCUGAUCUUUAUACGGCCGCAAUGAGGAACUCCGGGGUGUACUACUUGCAAAUUCGCGGUACCACUUUUUGGUUUUUAAAGGUGUUUUGCGAACAGGAGAUCGCUGACGGAGGAUGGACGGUUAUCCAACGUAGAAACGACUUUGGGAUCCCCAGGGAAAACUUCAACCGAGACUGGAACGACUACAAAAACGGUUUCGGAGAUCCUGCCAAGGAAUUUUGGCUGGGAAACGAAAAUAUUUACAUGUUGACCAACAAUGAAGAGUAUUCGUUAAGAGUCGAGCUGGAAGAUUUUGAGGGCAAUAAGAGAUACGCUCAAUAUUCCCAUUUCAAAAUAUACUCAGAAGCCGAAUACUACAAACUGGAAAUCGACGGUUACGAAGGCAACGCAGGCGAUUCCUUAAACGAUCCUUGGUAUGGUAGCAACAACAGUCCUUUUUCCACAUACAACAGAGACAAUGACCGAUCGAGUCUGAAUUGUGCCUCGAUGCUAAAAGGUGGCUGGUGGUGGAAAUCUUGCGGUAGAGGCCUAAAUGGGCUCUAUUUGAACGAUCCACAAGAUUUAACGGCCAGACAAGGUAUCGUUUGGUUCCGCUGGAGAGGCUGGGAUUACACGCUAAAAAAAUCCGUCAUGAUGAUAAAGCCCAAAAACUACCUGAACGGUACCUAAUAAGAACCUUUGAGGUUUCAAGUUAAUAAUAAUUAUAUUCUGAUGUACAAAUUGUAUAUUUGUUUUGUUGCGUAUGUGUAUGCCAAUUUAUAAUCACAGGCUAAAUAUUUAUAUAGAUACUAUAUUAAAAAUUUAAAGGGUUCACAACCGUCAUAUAAGACUUUAAAAUAAUUGCGGUUACAUAAGCCUUGUGUGCUCAUUAUAAAAAGCAUCGAAACUCGUACAGUGGGUUCAUUUACAUAGCGACCCAGUUUACUUUUUACCGAUUUUCUUAUGAUCGUUUCAUUAACUUUUCGCUCUCAUUUUUACUUUCAAUUUCAUAUUGUUUUUCCUGGUUCAUCAUUCAUAAUAAAUUUCAUCUCACAAUCAAAGCAGUAUUAAUUAUUUAUCCCCCAUAUAUUUUUAUAUUAGAAUAAUGUUAGAUUUUUAGGUAAUUCAAGCUUAAGAUUUUUGCAUAAAAUAUCACAAAAAAGCCAUAAUUAAUUGAGGGCAACAUUAGUUUUAAUAUUGUAUGUUAAGUUAUCUUAAUUAAAAAAUCCUGUGAUUAUAAAUUGACCCCUGAAAGAGUAUACGAACUUUUAAAAAAAAAUUAAUUAAGAAGGAAAAAAACCUAAAGACUGUGAGACACUGAGAGCUGGUUUCUCAAUAGCAAGUCACCCCUCUGGGUUAAGCAUAUUACAACUGAAUACGUUUACCCUGGAGUUAUGUUUAACCCAGGGGUGACUUGCUAUUGAGAAACCGACCCUUAAAUUAAAAUAAAUUCGUUACCACUUAAUUUAAGUUUAAGGAAGCUAAAUAUUAAUUUUAGGUAUGUUGUCUAUUCUUCGUUUGAAUCGCCCCUCUGUAAUGCGCUUCUAUUUAGGAUUUGAACAGUAUAUCGGUGUUAUUUGUAAAUAAUAUUUUAUUAUUAUAAAUAAAUAAAUAAAGACACUUAUUUCUA